AGAGCGAGCGAGAAGAAGAACUGUCCCGAUUACUGGAGAAUAGUUGCAUUUAACGGGAAAAUAAAAGAGCGACGGGCUCCGGGGAAAGCGAAAUGUCAGCGCGGACAUUUGGAGGAAACGCCUGAUUUUCUUCUUCAUCUCAUUGUUUCUUAUUCAAGAGUUUAUCCAAGAACUUGCAGUGGAGAGGUAAAGCUUUUCGUUUUGGAUAAGGAUGACCGACAAGAAGAUAGGAAGUCCAGGGAUGACCAUCUUCAGUCCGUGUCGAGUGGUCGCUGCAGUAGUUUUGAUUUUGAUCAUACUUGGGGGUUUGGGAGCCACCAUCUGGGCCCUUGUCACAUAUCUCAGGACGACAGAAGAUACAGGAUUAUUUGAUGUACAGGUGAGUGCAGCAGACCAGAGGCUGCGAGUGUUUGACUCCACCCAGUGGAGGUGGAGACACGUCUGUUCAUCCAGUGUCAACCAGCUCAUUGCCAGUAUCAGCUGUGAGGAAAUGGGCUUUGUCAGAGCAGUAAAUUUCUCAGUGACCUGUGCUCCUGACAAUGGUGGUGACCAGGAUUUUUUCUGUGUGAAAGAGAGUGAGUUAACAUAUGGGAAAAAGAUAAAAACAGCCCUCUAUCCUUGUAAAUGUGACAAAGGUCAGAUUCUUGAGGUCAUUUGUCAAGACUGUGGUCGUCGCAUGCUACCUGAAGAACGGAUUGUUGGGGGAGUAGAUGCUCGACAGGGUUCGUGGCCGUGGCAGGUCAGCUUACAGUAUGAUGGAGUUCACCAGUGUGGUGGAUCCAUCAUUUCUGACCGCUGGAUUGUCAGUGCAGCUCACUGCUUUCCUGAGAGGUACCGUCAUGCAUCACGCUGGCGGGUUCUAAUGGGCUCUAUCUAUAACACCCCCAUUCGAAAGAAUGUUGUGAUUGCUGAGGUGAAGACAGUUGUAUACCACAGCAGCUACCUGCCAUUUGUCGACGCCAACAUUGAUGACAACAGUCGUGAUAUUGCAGUCCUUGCACUGACACAACCUCUGCAGUUCACGGAUUACAUUCAGCCAGUGUGUCUACCGACAUACGGCCAGCGGUUGGCGGAUGGGCAGAUGGGUACAGUUACUGGCUGGGGUAACAUGGAGUAUUAUGGCACUCAAGCCAAUGUCCUCCAGGAAGCAAAUGUGCCUAUCAUCAGUGAUGCUGUGUGUAAUGGCCCUGAUUACUAUGACAACCAGGUCACAACAACCAUGUUCUGUGCUGGCUAUGAGAAGGGAGGAACCGACUCCUGCCAGGGAGACAGUGGUGGUCCUUUUGUAGCAGCAGAUAUCCUCUCUAAGACCAGUCGCUAUCGUUUGCUUGGGGUGGUAAGUUGGGGCACAGGCUGCGCCAUGGCCAAGAAGCCUGGCGUUUACACACGUGUGUCACGCUUUCUGCCCUGGAUAUCUACAGCCAUGAGGAUGUAUGAGAAUUCCCCAGGAGUGCACAAAAUGGCCCGGGCUGUCAUGCCAUAGCCAUUCAGAGUGGAGAAAUGUUUUAUUUGAGACUGAAAUAUUCCACGUUGAGAUCAGAUAUCUUUUGUUGAUCAGACUGAAGUCAGAUGUUCCGUGUUGAUCAACCUGUUUCAAGGACAAUUGUAAAAUAUCUUUUGCAAUUUCUGACUCAAGGAGGCCAAGAACAAUUGUCAGUGCUGUACUAUGGGUUUAAUAUGUUUGUGGACACCUCAGUUUUCAUUUACCAUAAUAUAUGCUUGUUUUCUUUGAAAAUCAGACACCAAAAUAUAGUAAGAUAAUCACCAAGAAGGGUAAUCCAAUGUGCAAUUGUGGCUCGACCUACAAAUGAAACCUAUACAGAGCUUAUAAAUGUAUAUGGCUACAAAAGUAUAGAUAUCUUAAAUAACAAUAUGUAUAUAUACACUGAUCAGCCACAACAUUAAAACCACCUGCCUAAUAUUGUGUAGGUCCCCCUCGUGCCGCCAAAACAGCACCAACCCGCAUCCCAGAAUAGCAUUCUGAGAUGAUAUUCUUCUCACCGUAAUUGUACAGAGUGGUUAUCUGAGUUAUCAUAGACUUUGUCAGUUCGAACCAGUCUGGCCAUUCUCUGUUGACCUCUCUCAUCAACAAGGCAUUUCCAUCCACAGAACUGCCGCUCACUGGAUGUUUUUUGUUUUUGGCACCAUUCUGAGUAAAUUCAGAAUGUUGUGCUUGAAAAUCCCAGGAGAUCAGCAGUUACAGAAAUACUCAAACCAGUCCAUCUGGAACAAACAAUCAUCCAUGCAAUUAUCUAAUCAGCCAAUCAUGUGGCAGCAGUGCAAUGCAUAAAAUCAUGCAGAUACAGGUCAGGAGUUUCAGUUAAUGUUCACAUCAACCAUCAGAAUGGGGAAAAAAUUUGAUCUCAGUGAUUUGGACCAUGGCAUGAUUGUUGGUGCCAGAUGGGCUGGUUUGAAUAUUUUUGUAACUGUUGAUCUUCUGGGAUUUUCACACACAACAGUCUCUAGAAUUUACUCAGAAUGGU